ACGCAUCUUGAUAAGCGACAGAGGCACUCACUUCUACAACAAAACUGUGAGUACCUUGUUAAAGAAAUAUGGCGUCACACAUAAACUCUCCACCGCCUACCAUCCACAGACAAACGGUCAAGCUGAGGUAUCAAACAGAGAGCUGAAAUCAAUUCUUCAAAAGACAGUAAAUCCGAACCGUAAGGAUUGGAGCCUGCGCAUGGAUGAUGCCUUAUGGGCAUACAGGACCGCUUUCAAAACCCCAAUUGGAAUGUCACCCUAUAGACUCGUGUUCGGUAAGGCCUGUCAUCUUCCGGUCGAACUCGAACACAAGUCUUAUUGGGCGUUCAAAACAUUCAAUCUCGACAUAGCUAAAGCAGGAGAGCAAAGGAAGCUACAACUCCAGGAACUAGAAGAGCUUCGAUUGGAGUCCUAUGAGAAUGCCGCCAUCUACAAGGAAAAGACGAAGGUAUGGCAUGACAAAAUGAUAAUAAGAAAGGAUUUCCAAGUUGGAGACAAAGUCCUUCUUUUUCUCUCACGCCUUCGCCUUUUCCCCGGAAAAUUGAGAUCACGAUGGGAAGGACCAUUCGAGGUGGUCAAAGUCUACACCCAUGGCGCAGUGGAAAUAAAAAGCCUCGAUACCGGAAAAAUCCUCAAGGUUAAUGGACAUCAACUCAAACCAUUCCUUGAAGGUUUCCAGAAAGAAAGCAUUGAAUGCAUGGAUCUCAUCGAUCCAAUCUUUGAAGAAUGAACACAACAAUGGCGUCGUGCCGCGACGUUAACUAAGGUGCUUCUUGGGAGGCAACCCAAGCAAGGUACAUUUUUCUUUUAUUGUUAACCCCCCCUGUCAAUGUUUUCAAUUAUGUCUUUGAGAGGUUGAGAGGGAGGGCACUAAUCAUGGGUUUUUGAAAAAAAAAAAAAAGAAAUAAAAAAUUUUUGCAGGUUUUUGAACAUCUGGGGACAUACCCGAUCGAGUAUAACCUUAUACUCGGUCGGGUAUGAGCAAAAAAAAAAGGGACCGGGCACUACUCGAUCGAGGGAGCAUUCAAAAUUUGAAAAAUAAGCAAUACCCGAUCGGGUAUCACUAUACACCCGGUCGGGUAUCGCUAGAAAUGCUAAAAUUGAAGGGGACUGAUUCCCACACUCGACCGAGUACACGCUUCAAAAAUGAAAAAAAAAAGCACAUACCCGAUCGGGUAUGGAGGAAUACUCGACCGGGUACAGGAGACAGGCUGCUCAAAAAGUACAUUUUCUAAGCAUACUCGACCGGGUAACCCCACCAUACCCGAUCGAGUACAGGAGGCAGGCCGCUCAAAAACUUCACUUUCCAGCCAUACCCGACCGAGUACCAGCACAUACUCGAUCGGGUAUACGGGUCUUAUAACCCCAAAUCAGCCCCAAAACACUUCAUCUUCCCCAAAUUCCCAACCCCAUCUCGAACAAAAAACGCCCAAACCCCAUUUUUACACCUUCUCUCUACCAUAUCUCUUCCAAAUCUUCACCAAAUCCACCCAUUCCAACGCCAAAACACUCCCCUCAUCCUCCUCUACACAUUCAUACCCAACAAUCCCAUUCUCCCCCAACUUUCAGAGGUCCGAAAAACCCUACCCCACCAUCCCAAUUUCGGUUUUCAAAGGCCAAAAUCACUUCAAAUGGCUCCAAGGAAAGAGAAAGGGCAGAGCUCAAGCACUAGGACAAUCAUCCCGGGCUACGAGGACAUCCUUUUCGUGGACAACGAACAACGCACACGCUUCUUGUCCACAAUUGAAAGGCAAGUCAAACCUUCCCGCUUUUUAUGCCUUGAUGCUCUAAAGGAAUUAGGAGUAUACACAAUAAUGAAGAAAUUUUUUCAUGAAUUGCAUAUGGAUAAAAUUUUCAAAAUGAAAUACAACUCAAAUGAAAAAAUUAUCUAUGAAUUCCUAAGCUCGGUGCACUUUGAGAACAAUGAGGAGGACUUUAGAGAUGAUAAACUCAGGUUUCGAUUGUUUAAUCACAAUCACACCAUCACGAAACUUGAGUUUGCCGAACACUUUGGUAUUCCGGUCCCGUACCAAAAGUCUAUAUCCGACAAUACCGCCUUCGGCCACACCCUAUGGACCAAGAUGACCGGGGAGACCAAAUUUAGCUCCUCCCAACUAUACAUUAGUCAUGUCCAACAUCCAGUCCUACGCCUCUUUUUGAAAUUUCUUGCCAACUCCUUGCUUGGACGUCCCAACAACCAUCAUACAAGGAUGGGGGAUGUAUGCCUCAUCUCGGUUGCCUUAUUCCGUAUCCACGUGGAUUUCAACCUCUGUAAUCUCAUGUGGGCUCAUCUAAAGAAGGAAAGUGUGGCAAAGGGUGCUAUCGUAGUGGGCGGGGUGAUUAUGCACUUGGCCACAAAGUUCGGGUAUACGGAUGACUCUCCUAUACCCGACUACUGUUUAAUGAACAUAUCUUGGCUAGGCCACUCGGGCUGUACUUCUUUUUCACACACCGUUUAUGGUGAAGAAAGGCCCAAAAAUAUGUACAACUGGCACAUCCACCCCAAACCCCUCAAAUACUUCCUCUUGCCCAACCCAGAACUCCCCCAACUCCACUUCGAAACAGGCAGGCCGGAUCAACAUUACCUCUUCCCAAACGCCCUCCCACCACAUCUUCAAGAACCGGAACAGGAACUCCCCCAAAACCAACCCGAUGACGAGCCCUACGAGCAACUCCAUAGCCAUCCAACCAUGAGCCAUGAUUUCCCAGAACAAAGCCACAACCCUCCACCACCCGACUUCUUUCAACAACUUUUGGAGGGUCAACAACAACUUCUUACGGGAAUAGCCCAAAUGGACAACCGGCUCAACCGAUUAGAGGAAGAGCAAAGAGCCGGUUUUCAAAGAUUGGAGGAAGAGAAAAGGGCCGGCUUUCAACGUUUGGAGGAGCUCCGGGAGGCCGAUAGACACCGGUAUGAGGAAGACCAACAUAGGUUCUACGGGCCUAUGUACUCGUUUAUGGCACAGCAGGGAUCCUUCCAUACCAUGGCGAACCCUCCUCCACCACCCUCAUGGUAUGACCCCACUCAUUGGGGUAACUUUGGAGGAUCUGGCUCCGGUGGUGGAGGGUACGACGGCGGAGAUGGCGGGGACACUUACAUGGGAGAUGGUGGCCAAGGGAGCGGUUUUGGAGGGAGCUACUACGGAGGAGAAGGCGGGCACUAGGGACAGUGCGUGAUUCAAGUGCGGGGGAGACACUCAUGAUGGUAUGUAAUUCUCAUUUGUACCUAGCACUAUGCAUGUAAUUCUUUUGAACUUUUACACUCAAAAAAAAAAUGUACAAAAAAAAAAAUAAACAAAAGAAAAUAAAUGCUAGUUAGGUUGAAAACCCAACAAAAUGGGCAAUCUAAGCAAAAAAGGCUUAUAUAAAAAAAAAUGAGUGAGUUGGAGAGAAUGGAAAAUGAAAAGAGGUGCUAGGAUGAAAACCUGAAAAGGCUCCUAGGCAAAAUGAGAGAUAUGAGAGAAAUGUUUGAUCUUGCAGGCACUCAUUGUAUCCUUAUGAAGAAUAUGAAGAUUCAAGAUAAAGAAGAAGAGAGGAGGAGAAAAGAAGACAACACUAGGAGGCCAUUAAACCCAAGAUGCUCUUUUGUGAUUUGAGUUCAAAACUCAUUUUUUGUAAUCCUUGGUGGUCUUUGUGUUUGUAUUAUCUUUUUGUUGAACUGUGGAACUUUUGGACAAACAUUGACACUUGUAAACAUUUGAUCUUACUCGAGACGAGUAAAGGUUUAAGUGUGGGGGAGUUGAUACGUUCGUAAUUUCCAUUUCUAUGUUUAUGUUUUUAAUUAGUUUUGCUUGACUUUUACUUUGGAAAUUACACACUUUUGGUGUAAUAGAUUAGAUUGUUAAAUUCUUGUAAAUAGGUUAGAUUAGACAUUUUCUGAGCUUAAGCAGGUUUUUGUCACCCAAAGUACAGUUGGUGAACCCAAAAAGUGAAGAGAAGGUACAAAAGUUCAAAGACAAAAGAAGAUCCUGAAUUUUGGUCUAUACUCGGUCGAGUAUUAGCUAUACUCGAUCGGGUAUUAGGUUGGAACUUCAAAUCGGAUCAGAUCCGAAGACAAAGGAACAUGCAGGGAAGAUUUUG